UUUUGUUGUAACACAAACAAAUCAUGUUUAGUCCAGGAACUUAUUUACAACACGACUGGCAGACAACCGGUGAAGGACAUGACAUGCUGUCUUGUCUGUUCAUAAGAAAUAAACAAAGGUUACGGACAUUUGGACUGUUAGAGCGGCCCCCUUUGGCUGCGCACCUUGAGGAAGCAAGAUACAAGAUCUUUGUGGCGGGAAAGUCGGGCGUGGGCAAGAGUGCCACAGUGGCGAAACUCACAGGCCAUGAUAUACCAAAAACACACAUGGAGACACCAGGUUUACAGACAAGCACCUGUUUUUGGCCUGGGAAGAUUAUUGAUGUGAACAAGGUCACACUCUUUCACCUGCAGUUUUGGGAUGCAGGGGAAAUGGCAACCAAAAAGUUUGACCACGUUCUUAGUGCGUGUACAGAGAGGGUAGACUGUAUACUGUUUCUCUUUUCGCUGGUAGACAAGUCCAGUUUUGACGAGCUGCACGCCCUUAUUAGUCGACUGUCCACACCAAAUAGCAACGUUGCCAAACUUGUCAUCGCAACAAAAUGUGACCAACACGCACACAGUGAAGUAACACAACGAGAUAUCCGUGAUUUCGAGAAGGCGUGGCAAAUACCUGUUCUCAAAGUGAAAAACAUUCCCGACAUAAACCAGUCAGAUAUCAAUGAUACGAUCCACACUUUGAACUCUAUAUGUGAACAUCUGUGGCAAAGGGACUUAAUACUUGCAGGGAAAAUACCAAAGCCGUCCACAACCCAGGAACCGGAAAAAGUGAUAAGAACUUUUGCGUCGGAUGAAUAUAUUUAGCAUAUUUCAAUACAGUCCAACCCUGUUGGCUCAGACUCCCAGCAACAGGCGAAAAUACUCAAGCCUUAGGAAAUUUGAGCCAAGCAGGAAUGCUUACCUUCAGUUCAAAUAAAUCAGUCAUUCACAUCCAGUUCGAGCCAAGAAGGAAAUCAUCCAAGCAAGUUCGAGCCAAUGGGGUUCGACAGUACUUUAACAUGUUUAACAUGUGAUACUCAAAUCAAAGGUUGAGGUAUUGAUGUAUACAUAGCCUUGAUGUUAUUGUAUCAAUGUGCAAAACUUUUAGCCUACUUAGGCAAGCAAUUGCUCAAGAUGUUCACAUGGAACUUAGUACACAUGUUGCCAGUGACAACGCACACAUACAGUCGAACUGGUUGGCUCGAACUCCCAUGGAAUGGCGAUAAUACAUCGAGUCUUGGGAAAUUCAAGUCAAGCAUGAAUGCUUACCUUCAGAAGAAAGAAAUCGGUCCUUUUCAUCAAAUUAGAGCCCGAGGAAUUCGAGCCAAGCAAGUUUGAGCCAACACGGUUUAACUGUAUAUGGCAAGGCCAAUGUUGUUGUCAUCAAUUUGCAAAUCCUUUACACUUCCAAGGCCAGUAGUUGCUCAAGGUUUUCACAUAAUAUGUAGUACAAAUGUUGCCAGCGACAAUACACACAUUUAAAGCAAGGCCUGUUGCUUAAUAACAAGUCAUCUUCAUGCAAGAAAUCAAUAAUUGAUUCUAUUUCUAUAAUUAAGCAGUUACUUACAGUGUGUGUAUUCCACGUGAUAAAUUAUGUCAUAUAAUACUACAUCGGAAGGCAACAUUUAGCUUAAAAUAAAGACUAAUAACAAAGAUAACUUUUCUAUUUCUGCACUAUUUUAAAUGAAAUAAAGGGCAGUCUUUACUGCUUAAAGAGCACAGCUUUCGUUUUAUUACGGGAGUUUGAUAAGGUGAUUAGUUUUAUCAAACACUUCGACAAAUCUGUUUCCAAAAUAAUGUUUUGACAGUGCUCCAUUGGACGGUUGAUUUGUGAAAAGAUUUGUCUGAGUGUUUUAAGAAACUAGACUCUCAAUCAACUUCAGUAUUAAAAGACCAAAGACAGGGCUCCGUAAAAGGCGUUGACUCCACUAUGUUUCAUUUGAAAUGGUGUAGACAUAGUGAAGUUUUCUUUGUUUAAAGUCUUUAUUCGAAGCAAAAUGUUGCCGACAUAGCAUUUAUGACCAAUUUUAGCAUGUUGUACACACACUGAUUUAGUACUUGCACUAGGGUGACAAAUUAUAGUUGUCAGUGCUCCAGCCAGGAUAUGAAAAGGUCAAGGUGCUAGGUCCUACAUGUAGGUCAGUUCAUUUUUGAUAACAUUGAAUGAGCCUUAAUGGGGCACAUGCAAGGGCCAAUGUUCAGUUCAUAUUCCAGUGUUGCAACUACUUUCAGUACUAAUAUUUUAUUAUUUAAACUUUAGUUUUUAUCUUUACUUGCAAGUGUCAAAAUUAUGUAUAUUUAACAUUUUUAUACUUGAAAAAUGAACAUAUGUCCAAUAUGUCAAAUAAAUAUCAAAUAUAGUUCAAACCCAUCAAAGAGGGUUCUGUCAAACAAAAAGGCACAGCAGGGCAUAGGCUAUAUAGACCUAGUUGGAGCACUGAUUGUGUUACUGGGGUAGGCUGCUUGUUUGACUGAAGAAAAACAGACAAGUGGUACAUCUACUUUGUGCUCUUGUAAAAUAAAUUCUUCAGUUGAGCUGAUGAUUGAUUUAAAUAUCAAUAAAUAUUCCUCUGUAAA